UGUCGGUGGGUCUUUCUGCUUAUGUGUGUGUGUGUGCGUAUCUAAAUACUUCUGUGUGUGAGUGUGUAUUUUUAUUCGUUUGACAUUCUCGUCCAUUGCUCUCCCCCGCAAGCAAGCAAGUGUAACUAACAGUAGCAAAAACUGAGCAAACAUGGCCGAACCUUGCCAGAAAUGCAAAAAAUCAAUCAACUCAAAGGAGGCAAUCAUUAUAUGCAAUUCGGACGAUUGCCUAAAAAAGUUCCAUCGCACCUGUGUGAACAUAGACGAUGCCAUGUUUGAUUUAAUACAACAAAAUCCCAUGAUAUCAUUCAACUGUGAUGAGUGCCGGAAUCAAUCCCCCAAGGCACUGAGCGCCAAGCUGCAUAGCAUUGAGGAGAAGAUGAACAAAGUGUGCAGCGGCGUCAACCAGAUUCAGGGACGCAUGUACCAACAGUACUUUCAAUUUGGCAAUCAGCCCGUCAACCAACUUGACGGCAAGAAGCAUCAACUGCAAAAUAAUCUAAUUGUUGUGGGCAACAAUUGCAAUUCGGAUCGAUUGCAAGUGGUCUGUGAUUAUGGACGUUGGGUGCAAGUGGGAAAAUUUGCCACCAAUACGAGCGAGGAUGACAUUAUCGAGCAUCUGGCCGAGGAGCUAAAGAUCAAUAAGAAUCUGGUCAAGUGCACCAAGCUGGUGAAGAACGAUGCAAAUUUAUCGCAGCUGAGCUAUUGCAAGUUUAAAAUUUCCAUACCGGACUAUCGUUUCAAUGAGCUCUUCAAUGAGGCUAUCUGGCCCAGUGGGGUUAUGGUUAGUCCAUUUACACCACGCUCUCAGCUCAACCAGAAUCGCAUCUAACUGAGAGCGCGAGAGAGCGACAGAGUGCGCCACUGAGAGUGCGCAGCGAAACUCAACACUGCCUUGAGUGGGGGUGUAGUCGAUGGCGUGGUGUAUUGAGAGGGCUGGCUUACCGGUUAAUAAUUUUGUUUUUUGUCAUUCGAUAAUGUUUUUAGGCUUGGAUAACAAACAAGCACAACACUGACAACUUGAGAAACUUUCAAUUGCUUAAAUUAACAACAAACAGCAAUGAACAAAAUACUACACUUAAAUGUACUUAACGCGUUAACUUUGAAAAUGCAUUUUAAAAUAUUUUAGCGUUGCGUCUAUAUAUGUAAAUCACAAGCCAGGGCUGCAAAAAAUUAGUAACUUACAGUUUCGAAACUUUUUUUAAUUAAUCAAAAGAUUUCGUAGAGGUUUCAAGUUGAAAACAUUCUGAAUUCUCGGCAGCUGUUUUGCAGUCCUGUUCAAAAACCAAAGCAAGAGAGUUAAAUAUGUGUUGAAGCUAAAAGAAAUCAAAGUAAAUUUCAAGACAAAAAUAUAUUAGUCACAUAUACUGUCGUAUUUAAAUUAAACAGUAACAAAUAUUUAAACAAUACCA